CUCUCCUCUGCUCUCCUCUCUUGUACGCUGCUUAGAUUCACUCCCCUCCCACUCCCGAGCUCACUUUUCUAUCUCUCUCACCUCUUUCCCCUGUCCUCCUGUCUUCAUCCAUCCCUCCUUCUCUGUCUCUCUCUCUUUCUCUCCUUCCCUCUCUCCUUCCACUGGCUGCACUGUGCUGCUGCAUCUCCAGCACCUAUACUAUCUUGUCUGUGGAGCCGGAGAGAAAAAGGGGGGACCCGGGGAGAAGGAGGAACAAUAGCCCCAGCUGAAGCCGGACAGAGAGGCCCCUUCUUUCUCGCCUUCCUCUCCUUGGCAGGAGCCGGGAGAGAGAGGCGGGGACGAUAGCAGCGGCAGCACCAGCGGCUGCUGCGACAACCAUGGAGGCUCCCGUGCGGGAGACGGGGGCAGCGGUGGUGGCGGCAGCACCCGCAGUACCGGCGGUGGCAGCGGCGGCAGCCAACGAGUCCAUGCCUCCCCCCACCCUGAGCCCGGCCGUGCCACCCUACGUGAAGCUGGGCCUGACAGUGGCCUACACCAUCUUCUACUCGCUGCUCUUUGUCUUCGUGUACGCGCAGCUGUGGUUGGUGCUGCGCUACCGACACAAGCGGCUGAGCUACCAGACGGUGUUCCUGUUCCUGUGCCUGCUCUGGGCCGCCCUGCGCGCCCUUCUCUUCUCCUUCUACUUUAGAGACUGCGUGACGGCCAACGCGCUCGGGCCCUUCGCCUUCUGGCUGCUCUACUGCUGCCCAGUCUGCCUGCAGUUCUUCACACUCAGCCUCAUGAACCUGUACUUCGCCCAGGUUGUUUUCAAGGCCAAGUCCAAGUACUCACCGGAACUUCUCAAGUACAGGCUACCUCUGUAUCUGGUGUUUCUGUCCAUCAGCUUACUUUUCCUGGUGGUGAAUCUGACCUGCGCUCUCCUGGUUAAGAUGACAAACACAGAGACCAAGACCAUUGUCCUGGUGCGAGUGGCCAUCAACGACACACUCUUUGUCCUCUGUGCUAUAUCGCUCUCUUUGUGUCUCUACAAGAUCGCAAAGAUGUCCCUAGCAAACAUCUAUCUGGAGUCUAAGGGAACAUCUGUGUGCCAAGUGACUAUAAUUGGAGCAACAGUCAUUCUGCUUUAUGCAUCACGUGCUUGUUACAACCUGGUGGUCCUUGCUCUCGCCAACAUCAAAAGCAUAAACUCUUUUGAUUAUGACUGGUACAAUGUGUCAGACCAGGCGGAUUUACACUCCACCUUAGGGGAUGCGGGAUACAUUGUGUUCGGCGUGAUCUUGUUUGUGUGGGAACUGCUGCCUACAACUCUGGUGGUUUUUUUCUUCAGGGUUCGGAGGCCAGCUCUGGACAGAAGUGCUGCCAUCAUCCCUGGUCAUGUCUUCUCAUCAAGGGCUUAUUUCUUUGACAACCCCAGACGUUACGACAGUGAUGAUGACCUGGCAUGGAGCAUUAUCCCACAAAAUAUUCAAGCAAGCUUCACAGCAGACAACUAUGACUGGGGCAGCCAGACAAGUGGCUUUGCUGCCUAUAUAGGUGACGAGGACUCCCAACUGGCUCCACCCCCUGAGGAACUAAACCCUUACUAACACCCUCCAUUGGGCCUCUCAAGGACACAAGGAGACAAGGGCUAGGUGUGGAUAUUGGAAAAGGCCAACAAACUCAAAUAUUUUGCAGUAGCCUACAACUUUUGUAAUGUAGAGUUUAAAGCCAGUAAUAACCAAGAACAAUUAUUGUAUUUUUGUGCAACGAAUGGUGCAUAUCUCAUCACUUCUGACUUCACUGUAUGUUUUGUUAGCAUGAUCAUUAAUAUAUUUCUGAUUGUUAAUGUUAUGGGUUGUUCAAUGUAUAUAUAUUUUUUCUAUUGAUUGUUUGAAAAUCCACUUUUAAAUUAAUUUAUUAUGAAUAAUUAUUUGAGGUCUCUCCUUUUUUACCCCCUCUUCUAAAUUCAAUGUUUAAGGCAUCAUAUUGUUUCCCUGUGUGCAAUUCUGUGUGUAUAUGAUAUGAUAAUACCUGUACACACCUAAGAAGAUGUGAAUAAAACCUUCUUUAUAAGGAAGUAGUCUUUUAAGACUUGGAUGAGAGUGGUGGGUUCCGCCAACUCCUUAGAGAAUUCUAAAUGAAAGAUCAACAGACUACCCAGACCAUAGACAUAUAUGACCCAGACAUUUCAACAUUUGAAAAAACACUACAAUGUACCAACAUACAUUUCCAGACAUUUUGCUGAACUUUCAAAUCCUGACAGAGACAAAUAUCUAAAGCACAGAUUGAUAUAUAUCACUGAUAUCUUUAUGAGUCUCAGUACUCUACUGAUUUACGUAAUACAAGGAAAUAUUUUUCUUUCCCCGUCCCCUUUUCACUCAUUGUUUCUACGAACAUCCAAAUUGAAGUAUGAAGCUUAGCCACAUGUAUUCAUCAUAUAAAGGUAGACAUUUUCUCACGUGGCUAUGUGUGGAAAAUAUCAGAGGGUUUGUGCAUUGUGAAUGCAUUUUUACAUAGGAGGGGAAAAGGCAUGACAGGCAGGCUACUGUUUCAGAAACUAGCACCCUGAUGACACAUCAUCACAUAACCUAUCUUUUUUUUUUUUUUUUAAAUGAACAUCAUUAACAUAUUGAAAAGAGUGUGAACCGAAAACUAGGCCAAUCUGUAAUAACUUCAGCAGUGAUAUGGAGUAAAAAUGGACUGAACACUAGGCCUACAGUAGCCUACUACAGCCAGUCAGCAAUUGUGUCUGAGGGGUAGCCUACCGAAGGCAGGACUGGUGAACUCAUGGAAUUUUGAAGUUUAUGGAUUUAGAUAGCAAAAACCUUUGUAAAUGAUUAUUCUAUGCCUUUAUCCUAGCAGCUUAUUAUUGAUACAAACUGUGCCACUAUCCUUUUAGAUUAGU